CUUAUCUGCGGAAUUAGGCUGAAUCACGUGGUUUGAUGGGUCUCUCGUAGCUUGAGCUCGGACCUCUGCGUUGCGCUGGAGAGCAUGCACCUCUUGCAGACAGGCACCUAGCAACUCGAGAUAACGACAAAACGAGGCAGCAGAUCAGACAUUCCAUAAGAUAUUCAGGAUGUCUGCGCAAAACUCUGCUGGUAUUCAAACCCUGUUGGAUGCGGAAAGGGAGGCGCAGAUGAUCGUUCAAAAAGCAAGAGAAUACCGCACCAAGAGAGUGAAGGAUGCGCGCUCAGAAGCACAGAAAGAGAUAGAGGAAUAUAGGUCGACUAAAGAGAAGGAGUUCAAAAUGUUUGAGCAGGAGCAUUCAAGCGGGAAUAAGAAGAUGGAGGAUGAUGCGAACAAAGAGACAACAAAGAAGAUUGAAGAGAUCAAGAAGAUUGGCAAGGAAAGAGGCCCCAAAGUGGUCGAAGACCUUCUUAAUGCAGUCACGAACGUGAAGCCUGUACCACCGGCAAAGUCAUAGGCAGAAUAGACUCGGGGUCCGAGUGAAAAAUCGAGCUGGGCUGUUAGGUUAGGAUAAUUGACUUCCCAUGGAUCCUGAGCGUAGAAAACAUAGAUACGCUCAGUUUGGGCAAACGUCGUGUAUAGAAACCUGGAAUCAAUUUGCAAAUUUUUUCGUAGUACAUA